UAUGGGUGGGCGCCUGAUUGUCUGGUGGUGCUGGAAAACGUCAAGCCUUGGAAUAUGUAACUUCUCCUACAUACACACACCCUCUCCACUCGCUACUACAUAUCUUCACACACGCUGCCAAACUCUGGAGGAAAUCACAGAUCCAAUAGACACACAUCCGUUGAGUUAAAUACUUCCGAUGCACAAGACUGGUUAACUUGGGGCAGAUUGAAGUAUGGAGAGACCACAUGGGGGCAGUUUUAAAGAUGGUUCUUCUGACAAAAGUGACAAAGGGACAACCAGUGGGGAUGGAUUGUCCUCAUGUGGUUCAUCUUCAGGUCCUGCAUCAACAUUUUCCUCAAACUUAGAAGGUGAAGUUGAGGAAAAGAUGGAAGUAGACCAGCCUCUUCUUCUGCCCUCUCUGUCCUCCUUACCAUCAAGCUCUUCAAUUACAAUCACAAAAGCCACAUCAACUCAACAGAGACCAUCACAAGCUACAUCAUCGUCGUCUUCAUCUUCGUGUUCUGUAUCUACUCACACCACCUUAGCAUUUUCCACUGUCACAAGGAAUACAUCAUCAUCAUCAUCCACCCCGUCUAGUGAUGCUGUCUCAUCGAUUAGUAGAGGAAUAUUGGGACCAGACAUGAUGCCAACUAUCCCACUUGUUCCAGUGCAAGUUCCCUGUAGUAGAAGUGGAAUUGUAACCAUCCCCAAAAUCCGUGGUCGUUCGAAGGGGUUGCCUCUUAGCCCAUCACGAAGUGGUAGCUUCCAAGUGCGAAAAGGAAUGAAAAUCAAGAGACUUGGCAGCUUGCGAGGUCGUAGUGGGCGUCGUCUAACUCACAGUAUGUCUCUUGAGGAGAGAGGAGGAACAGGUGGAGAGGACUCACCUCUACCACUUGAUGAUGAGGCUUAUGCUCAAGAUGACAUGUUUAUUGCACCCACAUAUCAGGACAAGUGGCCAGGACGAGUGUGUGGGCUCUGUUGUCUCGGGGAACAAAGUCAGCUUGGCCAAGGGGAAUUAAUUAGACAUGAUCCUACAGCUGGUUAUACUCUGCCUGAAAAAAUUAUGUCGCCAUCUGAGAAUACUGCAAAUGAAUCACCUUCAUCUAAAAAGUUAAAAACUAACCCAUCAUCUUUGAAAGAGAAGGGAAAAUCGCCAAGGAAACAAGUAGGGGAAGCUUUACCAGAACCUGUGGAUGAAAUUUCUCUAGUUGGUCACUUGGAACAACCUAGUAUAGCUAUGUUAUUUGAGCCAACAGGUCACUGUUUUGCACAUUAUAUGUGUGCCCUCUGGUCAUCUACAGUCGAGCUGAUUAACGAUGAUACAGUCAGCUCUGUUGAUAGAGCCGUUGUUGCUGGAGCAAGUCAGAGAUGUGUUCACUGUAAAAAAUUUGGUGCCACACUUCCUUGCAAGGUGUCUGGAUGCCAAAGAUUUUAUCAUUUUCCAUGUGCAAUGAGUGCUGGGGCUCCUAUGGAUCUUAAAACUGUGGCAAUGGUUUGCCCACCUCAUGCAGAUAAAAGCAAAGACUUGCUGGUGGACAUGGCGUGUAUGGUAUGCGAACAUUCAUCUCCUGAGAGUUCUCUUCUCUUCUGUUCUUCUUGUGGCAAUCACUACCACGGCCUCUGCCUGAAGCCUCCAGUUACUGCCAUCUCGGUUUUACGUGCAGGAUGGCAAUGUCCUGACUGUAAGACGUGUCAGAUGUGUCGGCAGCCAAGCGAUGAAAUCGUGUGUGGGGUGUGUGACAAGGCGUACCAUGUGGUGUGUGCCCGCCCCUUUGGCCUCUCCCUCUCAAGAACUGGGUGGAAGUGCAAGACAUGUCGUGCUUGUGGAGACUGUGGUUCUCGAACACCAGGCAAUGGCUUGUCAUCACGCUGGCAUUCCAACUUUACUGUAUGUGAUUCCUGUUACCAGCUUCGCAAUAAAGGGCUUGCCUGCCCAAUUUGCCAUAAAGCAUAUCGAGCAAUUGCCCAGAAAAAUAUGGCUCAGUGUACAAAGUGUAAAAGGCAUGUCCAUAGUAUGUGUGAUAUUGAUGCUGACCUCAGUGUAAUCCAGGCCAAGUGGAAUGCUGACCACUCUUAUGAAUAUGUUUGCACCAGUUGUAAUAGGAUAGCUCCAUCCCCAAGUCAGUCACCACAUACAACUCAAGAAGACAGUUGUGAUGGGCCCCCUGAAUCCUCAGUUCACUCCGAAGACUCCAAUGAUACAGAUUUAACUUCAGAGGGUAAAUCUGAAGAUCUUUCUUCUGUCCAUAAACCUCAAAGUAGUUUAUAUUCUCGUGGAAAGCCUCUAAGCUUAGCUAAGAGAGGAGGAUUUCUUCCUAGAUUACGGGGAGGUGCUGGUGAAAAGUAUGGUGUUGGGAAAAAGGCAGUGUCCAGCUCAAAGAAACGAGGGCAAACAAUGCCAAUCCGUAGAGGUCGUGGCAAUAGCCGUGGAUACAGAGGAUACUUCAACUAUCAAAAUAUUUCUCUUCAGGUGAUGGAAUCCAAUCAUAGUUCUGGAAAGGAGGAAGGCGAAGAAAAUAAGUUUAUUCUUGUGUCUACGGACGACGAGUUCUGUCUGGAACAGGAUGUUUGUGCCAUGUGUGGAGCGUUUGGACAAGACCAGGAAGGUCGCCUCAUUGCUUGUGCCCAGUGUGGCCAGUGUUAUCAUCCAUUUUGUGCAAAUGUAAAGGUAACGAAAGUAGUGCUGCAGAAAGGUUGGCGAUGCUUGGACUGUACCGUGUGUGAAGGGUGUGGCGAGCGUAAUGAUGAGGCUCGCCUAGUUCUGUGCGAAGACUGUGACAUUUCUUAUCAUAUAUAUUGUAUGAAACCUCCACUAGACCAUGUUCCAUCAGGUGUUUGGAGAUGUAAAUGGUGUGCUAUGUGUCUCCACUGUGGGGCUACUGACCCGGGCCCCAAUGCCACCUGGCAACAAAAUUAUAGCAUGUGCGGUCCAUGUAUGUCUAUGACUCAGUGUCCAGUAUGUGACGAACAAUAUGCUGAUGGGGAACUCAUUAUUCAGUGCUCUAAUUGUGAGCGCUGGCUGCAUGCUUCUGAUGACAUGAUUCACACCGAAGAAGAAGCUGAAAGAUGUGCUGAAAAAGGUUACUUGUGUUUAAUGUGCAGACCACAGGAUGCAUUGCCUCCCCAUCUGAUUCCUCAUACCCCACCAAUGCGUUCUACACGUAUUAUACACACUACAACUGUUACUACAGCAACUACUACUACUACAACUUCAACAAGUCCAGUUCGUGCUCCAAGUCCUGUUGAUAUGACAAAGGUUACCUCUAAGACUGUAUUUUGGGUUGAUGGCAUCUGUCUUUCUGAAUGUGGAAUGUUCCAGAUCAAGACCAUGACGCUAGAGCCCCAGAAAAAAUCCAGCAUCAUCACACACAACAGGAACCCGAAAACAGUCCGAACCAGCCGUGGGCCCUCUAUAGACAGUAGUGGGAGUCGUGAUAUUGAUGAUGAUGAUGAUGAUGAUGAUGAUAAUAAAUUAGAAAAUGAAGAGCCAAAACAUUGGGUUUAUGGAAUGAAAGAAGGAACAAUUUUACAAGCAAAGGAAAAUGGAACACCUCCAGAUUUACCUGAUGGCUUCUACACUUUACCAGGUCCUGAACCUGGAACAUUCACAUUGCGGAAGCGCAGAUACCGCAACAUUAAAACAUUAGGCAUUGGAGGUUUCCAAGUGCGUGUGCGCGGUAAAAAGGAAGAGGAGAAGGCCCGAGAAGAAGCUGCAUUAGAUCCCCAGGUGCUGGAGCUUCGGCGGAAGAGAAGUAAUUGGCGGACGAAAAAAAAAAUAAAACUUCUUGAGAAGUUUCCAUCUUAUAUACAGGAAGCCUUCUUUGGUAGGAACCUGAUGGAUACCAGUAAUUUAGAAGAGGAGAUGAAGCAGAUAAGUGGUAUGGAUGAAGAACCAGAUGAUGAUGUCCUUGAACCUCCAAAACCCAAGUCUGCCAUUACACUUUCCAAGGAUGAACUUCAGCUUGUUCAAGCAGCCCAAAAUAAACAGCAUGGGCAUGACAAGCAUCUUGAUGGAUGUUUGCAGACUAAACUGCUUUCUCCGCAUCGUAUAAAAUCUGAGGAUAUUACAGAUGCCAAGAAGAGAGACAAGAAAAAUACAGAUGAUAAAAAAGAUCUUAAGAUAAUUAUUAAGGAUGAAGACAUGGCAGAAGAGGAUGAAAAUAAUGAAGCCAUUGAUGCCAUCUUUGCUCAGGGUGGUGAUAUUACUGACAUUCUUAUGCAUGACAUUAUUAGUGGUGCCAUGAAGGAUGAUGAUGCCAACUUAACUGGUGAUGAUGACAUAUCUCAAGAUACCAUUGAUGUUCCAUGUGGCAGAGGUAAUGGGACAAAGCUGACAGAUAUUCUUGGACCAGGCUUUAACCUUGAUGAUGUGGCAGAUAUUAUGAAAAAUCUUCCUGAAGAUAGCACAGAAGAUAGUCAAGAUUCCACACUAUCAACAUCUAUACCUUUGUCAUCGGCACUGGGUGGUGUAGAAGGGGAAGGUUCAACUUGUGUAGAUAGUGAAGCAAGUGUCAACAGUACUCAUAUCGUAUCUCCUGCCACUCAACCUACUAUUUCUCUUCCAUCUACGAAAGAACCUCUUAUGACUUCCAUAACACCUUCAGUCACCCUCCCUGCAGCAUCAACACUUCGUCCAAAUCAACCACCUGUUGCACCAUUAUGCUCUAUGUCAACAGGAGCAGCAAUCCCAUGUAUUCCACAAGCUCCAGCAUUGUCGUCAAUUUCAGUUGGUAAUACAAUCCAAGGUCCGAGUCCUAUUCCAUCCAUUAAAUGCCCUACCAGUAUGCCAAGUCCUGUUGGACUUGCAAGCCCCAUUACCCAUCAGAGUCCAUCAACUCUUCCAAGCCCAUUACCAGGUCCUGUAACUGGUGGCCCAGUUUUAUCCCAGUCCCUUCCCAGUCCUCUUUCUCGUCCAGAUUCACAGGCAUCAUCUCAUGGAUACCCAUCGACUACAACAUCCUUUUCAACUACCAACAAACCUACAACUCCUACAGUUCCUGAGCCACCGAAAAUUUGGACAAAUACUGAUUCACAAUCACAAAGCCUUACUCUAGAAGAGGAUGAAUCUCUUGGACCAAAGGCCACCAAGGCAGCCGUGUUAUAUGUCAACGUUCACAAACCUAAUCUCAAAACUGAUUUUCCAGCUGUGGCAGAUCGGGAAAGACAAAUCAGACGUAUCUGGAAGAACCUGAAAGAUACUGAACAGAAAAAGAUGUUAAUCCAAAGAGCUCGUGAGAAUAAGAAGGAAUACUAUAAAAACAAACAGGAACAACAGAGAGCAUUGAAGAAUAGUGAGAAUAUGGAAGGCUCUACCACACCAGGCUCAGCAGGAACCCCAGGAAGUGUUAAUGAGGGAGCCAACACUGAUCCUAGUCCUAUGAAUACUCCUCAUGCUUCCCCUCGCCCUCCUCUGCCAUCACUGACGCCUCCACGUCCAAUGAUUAUCACACAGCGACCUCAAAUGCAGUCUGGGUCACCCAUGAGACAAAAUAUCCCGCAUGGCAUAAUUAGAGGACCUUUAACUCAUUCCCAGGGAACAAAUGAUCCUUAUGCUCUUCCACCAGGAACUCCUCAUCCUAGCAAAUCAGCAGAUUCAUUUACACAUCCACCAUCAACUCCUACACCACAGACAUCACCUUUGCCUUCACCUACAAGUGAUCCUUAUUCUCGGAUACCACCCUCUCCAAGGCCUCAUUCCUCUGAUCCUUAUAGUUUACCUCCAGGAACACCACGACCUGUUCCAAACGACCAGUAUACAAUGCCACCACCUACUCCUCGCCCAAUAGAUCCAUAUGCAACUCAGCCUCCAGUUCCAAGACCCUUAACAUCUGAUCCAUUUACAACUUGUGCCACACCAACUGACUCAUUUUCUCAGCCGCCAUCUUCCCCGUAUGUUCAAGCUCCACCCACUCCUCGCCCUCAUGAUGAUGUCUAUGGGCAGCCUCCAACUCCUGGUCCUCCAGGCUCCAUCCCAGAUCCUGCACGCCAGCAACACCUUCGAGAGUUACUUCAGAGGCCUUGGAGUGAGAAUCCUGGGGUACAUCAGCCAGGUAUCCCACAACCUAUGACUUCUCCAACAGGACUUCCUGGGGAGUUUCGGCCACCUCUUCCACCUGUGGUUCAGGGACAAGGUACUCGAAUGAGACCUAGCAUGACACCAGGUCAGCCUAGCAUGAUAACGCAUUCUGUCUCUCCCCAAGGUGGGCAGAUGGAUCCAAGAGUUAGGAUGAUUCUUCAGCAAAGAAGUUUACAACAGCAGCAAUCACAAAGGCAGGCUGCUGUUGCUGGCCGUAGCCCCAUGGACCCAUUUAAUCCUCAUGUGCAGCAUCGUCCACCUCAGCAGUACAUAAGUACUGCAUUACCUGGAGUACGUCCAACUCUGACCAGUGUGGUUAGAGGCCCCUCUGCAACUGUUAUGGUGAGCCAAGGGUUAGGUUCUCCUCAUUUACCUUCUGGUGGAGCUGUAAGGGUUCCUGUUGUGUCUCCUACACAUCAUCAGCAACCACCGACACACACACUGGGGGGGCCACCCCAUCCCUCAACGCUUCAUCAACAACAACCCCAUCAUCCCUCAUCUCUCCCACAGCCACCUAUUCAGCAACAGUCUCACCCACAGCAGAACCAUCCACCACAGCCCUUACCCCAGCCCAUACCCCAGCCCCUACCCCAGCAACCCCAUCAACAAAUACCUCAUUCUCAACAACCACAACCUCAUCCUCAGCAACCACAUCAAUCAUUACCUCAUCCUCAACAAAACCAACCUCCAUCACAGCAGCAGCAGCUAGAGUCAGAACUUCCUGAAGCAGUGACUCGAGAACUGGAGCAGCUCGAAGAAGAACAGCAGCAGCAGCAACAUCAUCAUCAAGACCCAACACCACAGUCAUCAACACCACAACCAACACCAUCGCAAACAACGGGAGAUGACUUGGAGGAUUUGGCUGCAGGCGAUCUCACCAGUAUGGAAGAUGAUGACUUAUUAGGUAUGGGUGGAGAUUUCAAUGCCCUCUUAGAAUUUGCUGAUGGAGAAGAUGGGGAGGAGGAUAAUGAAAAGCUGCCUUCUAACCUCUUUGAUGAUCUUGGUGACGAUGAAGAAGAAAGGCGGAAAAAAGAAAGACGUAGAGAUUUGGUAAUGUCCCGUGGUCUGCAGCAGAGAGAUAGGAUGGGGUUGCCAAGUGAGAUACCUGUAUGUUUACCAUCAUCUGGGCCCCUUUCACAUCAUCCAAGACCUACCCUACCACCUGGCCAUGAACCUGAGAACCACCCUGUCAAUAGUGUAACCUUGGACAGGGGACCACAGUCACAAGAGCCUCAUCAGUCUCCAACAAUGCAACACAGUGUGCAACAGAGGCCUGGCAUUGAACCAGGGGGUGUGUCACUGCAUCAUCCUGAGCCAUCAUUAUCAUCCAAUAUGGCUCCAUCAGGCCCAAGUCCAGUUAAUGUAAGCAAUACUGAAUGUUCAAAUAUGCCCUCACCUUCAACAAUGGUUCCAAUUGGGCCUUCUUCUGGACCUCCACCUGGACCUCCACCUGGGCCAAUAAUGGGUCCAGUUCGUGUAACGAUGAGCACAUCCCCUCAACAGCAGCCAGUUCAGGCUCAAAUGGCACCACAUUUAACCCAAGUGAACCCAAGGUUUUCAGGUAUUGGAGGUGGAGUAACUAGGAUGCUUGGACAUAGGCCAGGAAUGAUCCGUCAGCCAGCUCCGCCACCACCACCAUAUCCUGGCCACCCCCCUCCCCCUUACCCAAGAUCCCAGGUGAUGGUGAGUGAGGGUUUGAUGGUGAGGGGACCCAUGGCAGGCAGUGUGGGAUCCCCCUUGGGGGUCGGGGGGCCACCACUGCCACCCAUGAUGAGGCCCAGCCCACACCACCCAGCCUUGAUGGGUCCAGGACCCUCAGUGGUGAUGGGUGGGCCUCGCUUGCCUCCACACAUGGCUCAUGGUCCCCCCGGGGGCCACCCACACCUGCCCACAGGGCCACCGUCCAUGGGUCCACCCGGCCCUCAUGGCCCCCAUGGUCCACCAGGCCCUCAUGGCCCUCAUGGGCCUAUGCUGCCGCCACAGCCACUCAGGCGACCACUACUACUGCAGGAACAGCCCUUGCUAAUAGAAGAUUUGUUGGAACAAGAAAAGCAAGAGCAGAUGAAGCAGCAGAAGGCCAACCAUCACCAACAAGAAACCUUAGGGCCAGCUGACCUAAACCUCAGUGACGUAGAUUAUGAGAAACUCAAAGCUGAUGUUCUCUCCGUUGGAAACCCUUCAGUUGGCUUACCACCAAUAUCUGGAGGCCAAAUACUGAAUAGCGGUGGUGGUGUACGGCAGCCAUACCAGCGUAUUGUGGGUCCUCCACCUCCAGUCUCCACCCAGACAACCCAAGUACCAGGACCAGUCCAACCCAUGACGCGCCCAGUGCGACCUCAAGGUGAUCCUGGCAUGCAUCCUGCACUACUACAAGCUGUUCCCUCUCGUGUGACGGUACCUUCAACUCCAAGCACAGUGAAUAUUAAGUCACUUCCUCCACCUCCACAGCCUCCUGAUAAUCCUCAGACUGAAGCUGAGAGGCAACAACAAAUUCAAUAUGAGCAAUGGCUUGCACAACAACACAGUUUAAUUGCUUCUCAACAGAGACACUAUGAAACGGAAAUCAUCAAGCUAAGAAAGCAGCGUAAAAGCCUGAACAGUCGUCAGAGAACAUUAAAGAAAAAUGGGCAGGAAUUAAAUGAACAUGAUGCAGCUGAACUUGCUCGUGUGCAGAGGGAAGCAUCUGCAAUCCAACGACAUUUAGAGCAGUGUCGUAAAUCUGCCAGACAGCAUGCUAUGAUUAUGCAGGAGUACAACACUAAAAAGAGAAAUCGACAAGGUCACAUAAUGAACACGCAAGGUGGAGUAAUGAAUGUGUCUCCAGGAACUAUGAUGACUGGGGCUUCUACCAUGGUUCCUACAGGUUCAUCACCCAUGCAUUCUACUCCGCAAAGCCCUCUCAUGUCCCCUUCGCCAUCAUCUCAACCAAGUAUGGGCUUGAGUCCUAUGGUGCCCUCUCCACACACACCAGUAGCAUCUCCUAAUCCAACAAUAGUGCCACAACAUUCUCCUCAUGCUAUGGUGGUUCCAGGUCCACACCCAUCCCCUGGGGAAUCACCUUUUAGUCCCCAGACUUGUAUGCCUUCUCCAGGAGGAGGGUAUCCUGACCAAGGACCACGUGCUACUUACCCUGGAGCACCCCAGGGAAUGGCACACCACAUGAUGGUUCCUCAGAUGAGAGUUAGAAUGCCUGUUCAUAGUCCUGGCACUCAGACAGUACAACCAGGGCAGAUGUCACCACAUAUGAUGGGGGUAAGAGCAGCAUACCCCCAGGCUGGAGUAAUGAUGCCCCAGGGUCAAGGGGCAGCCAUGAUGAUGAGACACCAGUACCCACAGGGAGUGAUGCCUCUUCGGAGACCUUCUGGAUCUGGACCUGUUCCUAGUCCAGGUUCCGUUGGCCCCAUACCAAGUCCAGGUGGACCUGUUCCAAGUCCUUUAGGAGGUGGAAUUGCUAUGAAACCUAGUCCAGUUCAUAGUGGCUUGAAGAGUCCUGUGCCACUAGCUAGUCCUAGUUCUGGUGGUCCAGUUCCAAGUCCUAUAUCUGGGAAUAUGUCUAUGAAACCAAGUCCAGUUCAUAGUGGCUUAAGAAGCCCUGUUCCCCUUGCCAGCCCUCAGAUGCGUCCUCACAGCACAGAAAAUCCAAGCACUCCAUUAACCCCUCGCAGUGUUGGUGCUGGAGAGAUAGGUGGAGCACCAAACACACCCCACAGUGAUAUAGGAUGUGCGAGUAGUAACAGUAGCCUAGUGAACAGUCCUCAUCCCUCUGUGUCUACACCCACUAGUGAUGCAGUGCCCUCACCUGCUUCCUCAUCCACAUCUACUGCAGGAGGAACAGUUGCGUCAAGACCAGGAGGAGGAGGCGGCGGUAAUGCUAAUAAUCCAAAUAACCCUGCACCACUUCCACCACACUUACGAAGAUUUGGUUAUUUCAAACUUGGGCUUAGAGGCGGUACUCUUUUAAGAAGUCGUUGGGGACACUUCAAAUUUGGCUUGAAAGGUGGAGCACCCCUUGGGGAAAUUGAGAAUAAUACAGUACAAACCACUUGCAGCAAUGAAAUUGCAACAACAGCAACACCUAAUACUACAACAAAUAUUAACACCACCACCUCUUCCAUGUUAAGGGCUGUCAAUACCACAGCACUCUCAAUAAAAAAUGAGAUAGAAAGUCACGAAGGACAGGAGGGGCUAGCUCAUGUUCUAAGUGAAAGUAUUAAAGGGCCAGUAGUAAGAAUGAUUGGUGGAAUAGGGCCACGAGGAGGCCAGUCUGCAUAUUCUCCUGCAGGAAUAACAACAACUUCUUCAAUGAUACCUCAGCUUUCAUCUAGUGUUAAUAAAAUAAUUGUUCCAGAGCCAGCAAAAUCUGAAAUUCCUCCAUCAAGUCGACAUCAAGCAGUAAUAGGUAUUCCGGGUGGAGGUGCAAUCUUGUCUCAAAACAGCAUGUACCCCAGUCAUACUGUAGCAGUAGCGCCUGGAAUUAGAUUACCAAGUGUCAAUGCCUCAUCCAAUUAUCCAUCAUCAAACAUUGUGUCUGGUUGUGUAGCCACCACCAGCUCUGGUAUGAUGGGUGUGGCAGUUGGUACAACAGGUGCUUGUGGUAUAAGUGGUUCUCUUGUGCCACCACCUAUUAUGUCUGUGACCUCGUGUGCAGCAACCACAGCAUCUAUGUACAAUUCGAGUAUGGCACCCACACACCGACCACUAGAUGAGGUUUCCACUCAUAGUACUAUUGUUAGCAUCAAUGACCAAGUAAGCGGGAUAUCAAGUGGGUUAACACACUUUCCGAAUAAUUCAGGCUUGCCUUCAACAUCAGUUUCGGCAAUGACCCACACCACGCCUUCUCUUGGCCGACCACUAGUAAGUGUUCCAUUACAGCAAAUUGGUUUACAACAAAGACCUGUAUUAAAUACACCUGGAACUCAAUCCAUGGCCACACAGCAGGUCAGAACCCUUCCAUCCAUAGGUCAGCUACAGUCAGGGGCAAGACAAUUUAGAACACAGUUAAUAAGAGCUCCAGUUACCCAACAACCUGGAGGUAUUGAUCUAGAAGGCCAUAAAGUAGUAACUCAACAACAAGUGAUGCAUCAGUCCAUAGGUCAGCCUGUUGGGGUGUUAUCCAGUGGUGUUCCUCAGACACUAGGACAGCAAACGUGGAUUCAAACAUCCAGUGGGACCAUCUCUCAAAGUGGAGUUGUUGUACAAGGUGGAGUACCACAGACUGUUGGCGUACGCAUGGUUACACAGCCAAUGAUGGUUCAACAAACCAUUGUUCGCAGUGGCAAUGUUAUGGUCCGACCAGCCACCACUGGUCAGGUUUCAAUGCAGGGUGGAGUACGAAUGAUGAUGAUCCAUGGAGGACAACCAGUCCGUACACCCUCUCCCCCAGUGAGUCGACCAACUAUGAUGCCUCCACCUGCUGCUAAAUCUCCAGCAGGACUUUCUGCAAGUCCAAUACCACGUGUCUCUCCAGCUCCAUCUCCUUUAUCGAAUCAUCCCUCUCCACACUCUCCUCAAAUUAAGGGCCAUUCUCCGCUAAUGGGAUCUCCAGCUCCCAGUCCUCAUAACUCACUCCCUACACUUUCUAGUAUUAUUAAAAGGGAACCAGAAGAUGAGCUCUCAGGUAGUUGUGGUACACCUGGUUUGCCUCUCUCAAGUAUUGCUGGUCCAGGCAUUUCUCAAUCUCCUGGCACACUGCAUGUGACCAUCAGUGGAGCAGUAUCACAGGCAGCAACACAGUUGCCAAUGAUGAACCACCCACACUUGACAACACAAAAUUCUUCAAUUGUCACAGGACCACUGAAAUCAGAGGGAUUGAAUGAAGGGAUGAGUAAAGAGUCCUCUAAUGCAUUGCUUAAGCAAUUGUUGGAAAAUACUGGGUGUGCUAGCCCGCUACAGCAGCCUCCUCAAGGUCAACUGGUGUUGUUUAGGUCAUCUCAAGGAACGUUACCCAUGCAGUCAUCUCAUCUGUCCCAGGUUGCUUCACAGGUGCCUAAUCCAACCCCAAUAAUGGUACCUCGAAGCAUUGUACCAGCUUCAGCCCCAAGCUCGCAUGCUUCUGUGUUACAUACUACUAGUGUUGCAUCCAUGAUGUCUCAUAACCCUGACAUUCAACAUCAUCAUCAUACAGUAAUUGCACCUGGAACUCAAUCCCAGCCUUUAGGACCCAACCCACAAAUAAUGCAGCGUUCAGUUGUAGUGUCAGGUCCUCAGCCGGUUCCACAAAAUCCUGGAACUCAUACUGUUGUUCUGGGUCAGCCACAGUUAAUUGCCCAACCUGGUGCUCAUGUCAGUCUCAGUCAUUCAGUAGCACGUCUUGGAGUUCCAUUUGCUGGUCAGAGCCAUCAAGUUCAGCAUGCAAAUGCUCCUCAUCCAUCUAGUCAACAUACAGGUAUAAGGCAGGUUACAACCCACCAUAUAACCCAUCAGGGUAUGAACCCUUCUGGUCAUCAUGUGAUACAAGGACAGCCAACUCAUCAAACAGUAGCAGUCAGCCAUCCAAGUCGUCCGCUGGGUCACCCUGUUACUCCCUCAGGUCCUCACAUGGUUGUCCAUCCAGGCCUUCGACCUGCCCACCCAGGUCAACACCCUUUAGCUAAUGCUCAUCCACCGGGUACUCAUCUAAUAUCAGGAGGAUCACGGCCCUCUCUUAACCCCACAGUAAUGAGCUCUGCUCAAACACCAGCAAGUAUGGCAGACCGAAUUAAUAGUGAUCCUGGCCUAAAAACAGAAAUGCGCGUUAUGAUUCCUGAGACUGUAAUGGGAACAGGAGCUAGCACCGGAGAACACACUCCUGAGAUGACCACACCAAAUGAAGGUUCGGACUCUCUAGACCAUGAAGAGCUUAAGAAAGCAAAGAAACGAGCUCAGCAAGCUAGAAGAAAAAGUCAAAGUAAGGACACCAAAGUACAGCCAGCCAAGCGGGCUAGACAGGGAUCUCGAGUUGAAGAAGAUUAUGAUGCUUAUAUUGAAAGUGUAAUGCAACAAUUAAGAAGUAUGCCACCACUCACUAUCAUGGAACCAGAAGUACCAAGAAACUUUAAUCUCUGUCCAAUGUUUGGUAGUGGUGAUUUAACUAAACUAGGCAGGAGAGAUUAUAAUUACAGGCAAGGAGUUUUGGAAGGCUCAGAAGGUCAUGCAACUAUAAAAAAUAUCACUGAUUAUUAUAAUACACAACCAUUUGGUGAUAAAUUACCCAUAGUCACUCCAGCAAAAACUGCACCCACUCAACGAGGCUUCUACAUUCAUGAGUUUACACCACCAAAGAUUGGCCUGCCACUAGAUGAAUAUCCGGGAGAAGGUGAUUCUGUUAGUGGCUCUAAUCGUCCAACUCCAGCCCUAACACCAACUAGAGAUGCAGACUCUCCUGACACUGUUUUAAGCUCCUCCUCUCCAGAAUGUAUAUUACCUGAAUCCCCUCUUCCAUUUAAGGGUCUUAGACUGGUUGACAUGGAUGAGGAUCCACAUGAGGAUCAGCGUGAUCGUUCGCUUUCUCCUUCUAUUCCUCUCCUCAUGCCUACUCCAAUAAGACCAGGACAAUUGCCAUUCCUUCCCUCUCUGGACAAAGAUAGUAAAGAUAUUCCAGAAUUGGAUAAGGAAAAUAUUGGUAGCCUUUCAAGUAUUACAAUGAAGAGCCGCUUAGGACAAUCACCAGCACUACCUUUAAAAGACAUGGGUAAUGUCACUGUCACACUUACCCUUUCAUCUCAAGCUGGCGAAGAUGUAUCUGGUGUUUUACGUUCUUUAGCUAACCUUCUGAACAUUCCACCACCAUCAUCUUAUCAAAUGGCAGACCGACUGGAGCCACCCAAAUUACCAAGACUUUAUCACCACAAACAUCCAAAAGAUGGUAAAGAGCAAAUAGUGGACAUCCAAAGUAUUCUCAAUGGACAGGCACGUUUUUGUAGACAUUGUGAUAUCAUCAUAUUGAAAGAUAUUUUAUGCAAAAGAGUGUCAGAGCUUUCGUUCUUAAACAAAGAAGACUAUGGAAGUGUUGAGGAAAUUACUUUUUGUUCACAGCAGUGCUAUGUACAGUUUGCAUUAUCUCAUCGUAUGAUCAUUGAUGAAAGAGGAAAGCAUGAUGGGAGUAGUAGAUUUAGCAAGCAAAAAGAUACAUAUAAUGAUAUCAAAGACACUUCAUCCAUUAUGUCUGAUGAUACUCUCCCAGACUGGUCCAAAGAAGAAGAUAUGGAUGAAGUUUUACGGGUUCCCCAACUUGAAGAUUCUCUGCUCAGUCGACCCAGCAAACAUAAACUAGAAGAUGAUGAGGAUCAGUUCCCUAGGCAGCCUGAUGGGAAACGUUUUCGUGGUCACAAAUAUAAGUGCUGGACACCUAAUGCUCUCAUUCUUCCAGAGAAUUAUGAAAAACCAACACCUAAGGAAAUGACAGACUUGCUUUUUCGCAUGGGUAUCACCUACAGAAAGCCACGGUUACGAGACGAUACUCGUCAGUGUAUCUUAUGCAACCUGUAUGGCGAUUAUGUAGCUGAUGGACCAUCAAGACUACUUAAUUAUGAUGUAGACAAAUGGGUUCAUCUUAAUUGUGCUCUCUGGGCAGAGGAUGUUUAUGAAACAAUGAAUGGAGCCCUUAUGAAUGUAGAAACUGCAAUGAAAAAAGUGUCACCAUUUAUAUGUGAACAUUGUGACCAGCUUGGAGCAUCUGUGAAAUGCUUUAAAGUGCGAUGUAGUAAAGUUUAUCACUUAAAUUGUGCUGUAAAAGAAGGAUGCACAUUUUAUAAAAAUAAAACCGUGUAUUGUCAAGAGCAUAUUAACAAAGGAGAGAAAGAUAAUGAACUUUCAACGUUAUCUGUGUUCCGCCGUGUUUUCAUAGACCGUGAUGAGAACAGGCAAGUGGCUUCAGUGAUGCACCAUGCAGAUAUGAGCUACCUUCUUCGUAUUGGCUCACUAAUUCUUCUAAACAUUGGGCAGCUUUUUCCACACCAGCUCCAGGCAUUCCACACUCCUUAUUGCAUCUAUCCUGUGGGCUAUCAAGUGAUUCGAUUCUACUGGAGCAUGCGCAAGCUUCACAAGAGAUGUGCUUAUGAGUGUUCAAUCCAUGAGAAUGAGGGUCAGCCAGAAUUUCGAAUAAUGGUGAAAGAGGAUGGUUAUGAAGACCACACAUUUGUCAGCUGCUCUCCAAAGGGUGUAUGGAACAAAGUUCUUGAACCAUUAGCAGAUAUGCGUCACAAAGCAGAUGUUGUAAGACUCUUUCCUCAGUACAUCAGUGGAGAGGACCUCUUUGGCCUGACUGAACCAGCUAUUGUUCGUAUCCUUGAGUCUUUGCCAGGUAUUGACACGUUAGGUGACUACAACUUCAAGUAUGGCAGUAAUCCAUUAUUCGAGCUUCCUUUAGCUGUCAACCCAAGUGGGUGUGCUCGAGCAGAACCUUUCAACAAAUUACACCUCAAACGCUACCAUGGGAUGCGCACCACUGCUGGCUCAGUGCGAACAAGUAAUAACUCCAGAAAUGCUGCCAGCAUAGCAACCCUAACUAUGGGGUAUGAUCCCUUUGUGCCCUAUAGUAAGUUGCAUGUCCACUCAAGAUCAUCUCAGUAUAAGAAGAUGAAGAACGAAUGGAGAAGUGUCGUUUAUUUAGCAAGAUCUAAGAUCCAAGGACUUGGUCUAUAUGCUGCACGAGAUAUUGAAAAAAACACUAUGAUCAUCGAGUACAUUGGAGAGAUCAUCCGUUCCGAAUUGGCAGAGGUACGUGAGAAGCGCUAUGAGGCUCAAAAUCGAGGAAUCUACAUGUUCCGCCUUGAUGAUCAGAGGGUUGUGGAUGCAACAGUAACAGGUGGUCUAGCUCGGUAUGUCAACCACUCAUGCGGCCCCAAUUGCUAUACUGAGACCAUUGAAGUUGAGAGAGACUUGAAGAUUCUCAUUAUUUCCAAUCGCAAAAUUCUGCGAGGAGAGGAGUUGGCAUACGAUUAUAAAUUUGAUGAAGAGGAGGAUCACAAAAUUCCCUGUCUUUGUGGAGCAGAGAACUGUAGAAAAUGGAUGAAUUAAGGAGUCCCGGCAGAAAGUACAACGUCCCACGUGGACCUCUAUUUCUUGCAACAAAAGACAAAAUGGAAACGGAAAUGUAUUGGGUUUGUGGUAUAAGAUGUGUGCCUUGACACUUGAAUACGCAGCAUUACCAAACUCUUGUGGCCUCUUUAAUAGAGUUAACAUGAGUCAAAGUUUACUGCUUUAUUUACUUGACUAAAUGAAAAGAUAACCUCAAUUAUCUCGCCAAAGUAUAUAGUUAAUAGUGGUGUGUGGAAUUUUAUUUGAAAUAGUGUGUAAUUUGAUCGUUCAAAUAUUUUUUUAUAUUUGUGUUUGCAUGUGACUGAGUGCUUGUAAAUUAUAUAUGUAAUAUUUGUGUAUAUAUGCUUUAAUAUUGCAUUUGUACACUUACAUUUCUAUUUGAGUGAGUGUUUGCGAGUGUGUGUGUAUAUUUUAAAGCAUUUUAAUCGAAACAUACAUGUGCGGAUGUUAAGGUGUGUGUUUGUAUGUAUGAAGAACAUCAUAUAAGAAAUAGCUUGAAUUGUAUUAAAUUAAUUUAUUUAUAUUGAAAUAAAGUUUCAUGUCUUAAUGGUUGUGUCGACCAUAGGUGAAAGAUCGUCCUUUAUAUAUUUUUUUUAUAUAUAUUUUUUUUUUAACUGAAAAAUGCAACAGUGAGUCAGAAAUAUUACUGUGACACUGAAGGUCAGAAAAAGUUGGAUAACAUAAUGCAUUUACGAGGCGUUAUUCACAUGGAUGUGGUUGCUCAGUGUUUAUAUGGGAACGUUUUGCUUUUUAUCGUUGGCAGGAACAGAAAAGCCAAGUGCCUUGUGCAAGGAAAUCAGCUUUCCACGUCAGGGAUUGGAUUUAAACAUUUUGUGGCUGAAGUGCAAUUCUUUGUCCGAAAGGAAAUGUGAUUUCUAGUGUUUACAGUGAACUGGUUCAACUUUCCAAUUUUUGACAUGAGUGGCCUGAAAACGUUCUUCCAACACUUCUAAGACUGAUUCUUAUGAAUAUAGUACUAUCAUUCAAUAGCACUCUUGUCUUAUUCAAAACAUAAUUUAAUUAUAUUGUUGGAAAGAUGGCCCAGUUUAUGUAAGUUGAUUCUUAGUUACAAGGUGUAUUUAAAAUUUCUAUUUACAGUGGAUCUAUUUUCACACUUAGGCUUAGUGCCUAGUAUUACUUUGUAAAUGGCUCACAUUCUAUUAUAGCACUUAUUGAAAACUUAUAUUUACAAAAUUUCAAGAAUUUUUAAGUGCAUCCGUUUCAUUCAUGACCCUAUGGUCAUGUGAGCUCAAGUGCUUUUCAGAUUUUUGUAUUGGAUCAUGACUUUCAAACUGCAGCAUCCCGUCCCUAGUGAUGGCGAUGCUGAUAGUUCCAGUGGUCCACCAUUCAAUAGUGCAUAUUGCACUGAAUUAAUAAUUGUUUUACCUCAGCAGAGUUCUGUGUCCAGUAAAAAUUCAACUUGCGGUAACUUUUGGGUGUAUUGGACUAAGAAUAAAGGGAUGCUGUAAAGCCUUGAUCACUAUAGAACAUAUUAGUAACUCUAUAGCCUCCAUCAAAUGCCCAGGUUAUAUAUUGCAGAUUAAAUAAGUAAAAUGUAUAGUCUUCUUUUAACUCAAUGACAAUGUAUUUACUUUCAAAAUCUCUAUCGGUUGCUUAAGUUUUUUCAAGUUUUAUCUUUAAAUAUGUAUUUUCAAAGCUUUUAGUAAAUCUGGACUAAGAUUUAGCUUUUCUUGCUUUUGCAUUUUCUCUCCCAGAUAUAAAUGGACAAGCAUGCCAAAGCAAUUAAAUAUUAAUUUUAACUUAAUUGUUUUCCCUUAAGGUUAAGUUGUUGUCUGUGUUUUUAAUGUAAUUUAUAAUUAUUUUCUUUUAUAAAUCCUAAUUAGAAAUCUAAGGCAUUUUAGGCAUAUGGAAUACAGUGCUAUAUAUACAGUAUAGCAUUGUCCUUAGACCCUGUGGGGUAAUUCAAGGGCAUAUACAAUAUUGCCCACAUCCCUGUGAAACUUAAAUGUCAGCCAGUAAGUGGCAUGGUGGCUUGAGAAGUCUGGUAUGGUGAAAACAUAUUCUUCCACGUUAACAUUUGUUGCUUAGCUUGUAUAUUUAGAGAUUUUAGAACAUAGCAGAGGUAAGAGAACAGAUCCUAGUUUUAAACUACCACAAGCUACCAGGUAAAUGUUAACACAAAUGUUUUUCUGUACUACACUUUUCAUCCACAUCCACAUCUCUGAUCCUGAAUUCUCCCACCUUCAAACAAGUGUAUCAAGUUGGAUAUCAAGUAUUAUGCCUAGCCUCGUGGAUUACGUAUUUUAUCUGAAAAUAUUUGUAUUAUAUAAGUAACCCAAGCAUUCUCAUGUUUGAUGUGUAUCGUCAGGAGUCAUAAUUGGCUCAUGGAUGUCCUGCUGUUUGUGUGGAAUUAUGAAGCUGAACAAUGUCAAUAUGUAAAUAUAUUGUUGAAUACAGUCAAUAAAUCAUUUUUCAUGUA